UGUACAAAAUGCUUAUCCAGUGGAUUUUCCUGAUCUCCACCGUCACCCUGGGUUCUGCCGGUUGGAUUCAGGAGCGAAUUGUGGGUGGUCACUUGGUGCCCAUAUCAGCGGUUCCGUGGCAGGCUGCUCUUCUUAGAAAUGGCACUCUUAAUUGCGGUGCGGUUAUCUACAGUGAUCAGAUCCUUAUAACGGCAGCACACUGCUUGUCCAAUAAUACUUCCGAACUGUCCAUCCGAGUUGGCUCUUCGAUCUGGAACUACGGAGGUCAAGUGUUAGAGGUAGCCGGUUUAGUGGUGCACAAAGAUUUCCGUGUAUUACCAAACAAAAUUGUGGUCAACGAUAUAGCCGUGAUUCGAGUGAAAUCCAGUCUCAAAAUGGGGCGUUCUGUUCGCUCCAUUCCUUUGGCAAAUAGUUCGCCCAAAAACGGAUCUUCUGCCUCGGUUUCUGGAUGGGGACGGAUCGGAUUUAAAGAAAGUAUUUCUGACUCCUUACUUGAGGCCACGGUGGACAUAGUUGAUCAGGAAAACUGCCAGGAAUCCUAUGGGAAAGGCAUUACCAAAGAAUUGAUCUGUGCCGCUGCCCAGGGAAAAGAUUCCUGCUCCUUGGAUUCUGGCGGUCCUCUGGUGUCCGGAGGCAAACUGGUUGGUAUUGUCUCAUUCGGAGAAGGAUGCGGUGAUCCAAAUUACCCUGGAGUCUAUGUUAAUGUUGCUGAGCUCAAGCCUUGGAUCUUGAAGGCUAUUAAAUCGUUUUCUUGUCCAUGUACAGGAACCAUUUGAGAGUUACAGGCAAUCAUAAAAACUUAAUAAUAAUUCGGAAAAAUUCAAUUCAAUUUGAACAACAUCUUAUUACGAAUAACUACUUAAUAUGGUUUAAACAUUAUUAAUAAAUUUAACAGUCAUCCUUUUAAAAUGUUAUUUUGCCUUCUAUUAUCAAAGUUAAAUAUAGCCUUAUAACAUGAAUUUGAACCAUUUAAAUGAAAGAAUAAAUAAGCAACAAUCUCUUAAA